CGUGAAACUAAAAAGCUAUUUUGAAGACUAAGAAUAUCGUAUCGAUCCAAUAAAAUUGUGAAUUUCAGUGAAUAUUAUUUGCCAACUCAGUCACAGAUAUGUUUAUGGUAGAUUUUGUAAACGAAAUAUAAAUAAGAUCAAUAAAAUAGAUCUUUGCUGAUUCCUACAAUGGACUCGAUGACUAAAUAAAUAAACUGAUUUAUUUAUUUUUGGAUAAGAAAUUUCGUUGGCAAAAUGUCUCAUGUUUCACAAAUGCGGCGUUUAAAGGUGUCUUGAGGAGUGCUUUUAUCACUGAUAAUUUUAAAAAAAGACAGCACCUGAUAAAUGGGCAAACGUAAUCAAUGUGUCACAAUUGUAUGGAAUUUUUUCUUUAAGAAAUUGUGAGUAGUUGUGACAGUGUUUUCCAUGAGAUCGCAAGUAAUUUGAGAAAAUGCUAAAGUCUUUCGAAUCAGUGGCCCAUCAGCUUAAAUUUAAAUCAAAACCCUAUUCCAUAGACAAUUUAGCAUUCAAAUUUCAUUAUCGUGCAACUUUUAUCAUCCUUUUGGUUUGUGUUGUGCUGGUGACAUCGAGACAAUACAUCGGUGAACAUAUAAGAUGCAUGACGGGGGGAUCUCCAACAAUACCUGAGCAUGUCAUCAACACCUUCUGUUUCUUCACAACAACCUUCACAAUUGUGAGACACCUGAACGAGUCAAUGCUCGAACGGGGUAAUAUUCCACAUCCGGGAAUUGGUCCAGUGCAUGAGGAUGAUGAGAAGAAAUUCCAUGCAUAUUAUCAAUGGGUACCAUUUGUUCUCUUUGGCCAAGCCAUCAUGUUCUACUUGCCACAUUUUGUGUGGCGCACCUGGGAGAAGGGUCGUAUCAAGAUGCUGGUCUAUGGGCUCCAGAUGACCAGUCUAUCCUGGCACAUCAAUUGCCAAAAUGAUGUCCAAAUAACAUCCACUCAUACCCUAUUAACCAGAAAGACAAUUGCCAAUCGUGUGUCCAUCAUCAAGAUAGAAUUCCUCAGGCACCUUCGAAUUCAUCGAUGGUGGGCUCCAAGAUUGGUCUUUUGUGAAAUUCUGUGCUUUGCCAAUCUCAUCCUUCAGAUCCAUUUUGUCAACGUCUUCCUCAAUGGACAGUUCUUGAGACUCGGGAUCGAUUUCAUCCAAGGUAAUUUUGAGGGUCCCAUGGAUCCCCUUGAUGUGGUCUUCCCAAAAGUGACCAAGUGCCACUUUUACAAAUACGGCGCCUCAGGAUCCAUCCAGAAGCACGAUGCCCUCUGCGUCAUGGCACUUAAUGUCAUGAAUGAGAAGAUAUACACUUUCCUCUGGUUUUGGUUCAUUAUUCUGCUGGUUGUAACACUCAUCUCAUUCAUAUGGAGGUUCCUCACGUGGAUUCUCCACUCAAGGUCCACGAAAUUCAACGGGUUUGUCUUCUCAAUGGCGUGUCCAGGGAGGCUUCAUCCAAUGGAUAUGGGCGUAAUUAAAAAGGCCCUUAUCUUUUCGGAUUGGCUUUUCCUGUACUACAUCGCUAAGAAUCUGGAUCCUCCGGUUUUUCGAGAGUUACUUUCGUCACUCGUAGCAGAACUUCGUGCUGAUCGAGAUGAAGUUUACAUAGAGGAAUCUGACGAGGAAUCAGAAGAUGUGGAAUUACGACGACCAAAUGAGGAUGAUUUAGAGAAGUCAAUGAUGAUGCAUCAGAUAGAAAAUGAGAAUAUUGAUACAGUGGACUAUGCUGAAAAGUCCUCAAAAUUAGCUUAGAUUUUUGUGUGAUGUUGAAAAGUUUCUUACUUUUUUUUUACCAAAUAAAAUGCAUAGAUAUAGCCAA